UUAGCGAUAACCCAAAGGUCAAGGUUAAAAUGGCGAUGGAAAAAAUGAAACUAGAAGUUUGGAGAGGAGACUGGGGAUUGCCUUCUAUUGAUCCAAAUUGUCUUGCAGUUCUGGCUUACUGCAAAUUCUCUGGUGUCCCCAUUGAAAUUGUAAAGACAGGAAAUCCUUGGCGUUCACCAACAGGAAAUUUUCCUAUCUUACGUCACAAAAAUGCUACAUACAGUAGAGUCUCAGACAUAUUUGCUUAUUUACGAAAACAAAACUGGGGAAGUGAUUUUCAACUGACAACAAAAGACAGUGCUGAUGUUGUGGCAUUUUCAGCUAUGCUUGAGGAGAAGUUACUUCCUGCAUUGUUGCAUUUGUGGUGGAUGGAUGACAAGACUUACAUUGAUAUCACUAGACCCUGGUAUACAAAGGCUAUACCAUUUCCUUUGAGUUUAUUUCUGCCUGCAAGAAGGCAGAAGAAAGCUGAGGUUAGAGUACAGCUGACAAAGGGAGGUGACCACAUUACUGAUGCAGAAACUGAAUCGAAGGUUUACAAAGAGGCAAAAGAAUGUUUGAAUCUGUUGUCUUACAAACUUGGUGAUAAAAAUUAUAUGUUUGGAAACCAGCCAUCCUCGUUAGAUGCACUAGUCUUUGGCUACCUCAUACCGCUGUUGAAAGCCCCUCUGCCUAGCAACCCUUUACAGAAUCAUCUCCAGCAGUGCACAAAUAUCUCACAGUUGUGCAACAACAUUCUCACACUCUACUUUCCCUCUGAUAUUCAGGAAUUGGAAGAAAAAAAGAAACAAGAAGAAGAGAAACGCAAGGCUCGGGGCAGUAGAUCAGAUCUGUCAGAGUUCCCCAAUAGGCGCAGGAACAUGAUCCUAGCUGGUAUAUUUGCUCUCAUUUCCAUGUUUGGUUAUGCUGUGGCCACUGGCUUGAUCCAAGUCCAGAUCACUGACAAGGACUCUGGUCCAGUAGGGAGGAAAGAGAUGCCCAUUCCCACAACAGUAAGUCACAGCCCACGAUAUGUCUCACAGAAUGUUUUGUUGGAGGAGCCAGAGGAAGUAUCUUAAAUUCUAUUUGGACAUUUGACAGCUGAUUUUAUUUUAAAUUUUAAAAAUUUAUUUAUUUCAUUCCCCUUGACUAACAGUUUGAAGAAAUGUGUUUUACAAAAAAAUCAACCAAUUAUAAUCAAAUAUGAAAACUUCUCCCUUCAUUUCCUGAGAUAACUCAACACAGAUCAGUGUAAAACUGCCUUAUUUUUUUUUAAUAAAUAAAGCAAAUUCUUAAGAAUUAAUUUUAGUCGAUAAUUGUUGAAAUAAUUGCAUCGAUCUUAAAAUAUAGGUUAAA